GUACUUACAAAAUGUUGGAAGGCACUAAGAUCAGCACUCCGUCGCAAAUGUCGAGUAUAUUCGAUAUUGCAAAAGACACAGUUCUUUUUUUGCUACUAUCAUGUUACUACAUCUUGGAAUCGCUAUUUUGGACUUUAGUGCCCAAUAUUAUAAGACCCAUGAAAAGUCUUAAAGACGAAGUAGUUCUGGUAACUGGAGGUGGUGGAGGAGUUGGCAGACAAUUGGCUAUUAAGUUGGCAAGGCUUGGAGCUAAAGUUGUUCUAUGGGAUAUUAAUAAGGAAGCUUUGGAAAAGACUUGUGCCGCACUCAGAGAAGAAGGGCACGAAGUUGCAAGUUACGAAGUCGAUCUAGCAGACCGGGAAUCUGUAUAUAAAACAGCUAAAAGGGUUAAGGAAGAGGUCGGAAAGGUUGAUGUUUUAAUUAACAAUGCUGGUGUAGUUUUUGGUGAAACUUUACUGGAACUCAACGACAAUGCGAUUGAAACCACAUAUAAAGUCAACAUUCUUUCCCAUUAUUGGACCGUGAAAGCAUUUCUACCAGACAUGAUCAACUCGAGUAAAGGACACAUAGUAACCGUUGGUUCCGUAGCGGGUCUUCUCGGCACUUACCGUUGUACGGACUACAGCGCUACUAAAUUCGCUACCGUUGGCUUUCACGAGAGCCUCUUCACGGAGCUACGGGCUCACGGGCACAAUAACAUCCACGCGACACUGGUCUGCCCGUACUACAUCAACACGGGAAUGUUUGACGGAGUGACACCAAGGCUCAUGCCGAUGUUAGAGCCCGACUAUGUGGCAGAAACCAUGAUCGAUUCUAUUCGCAAGAACGAAGUCAAUUGUAUUAUGCCUGGUUCUGUUAGAUAUUUGUUGCCUCUUAAAUGCUUACUUCCAGCAAAAAUGUGUUGGGAUCUAAUGCAUCGCGUUAUGAAGGGGCCACAAUCAAUGAUGGAUUUAAAAAGGAAACCAAAAGUAGCAUGAAAUUAUAAAUUAGCAUUGUAUGUAGACAAGUAUAAAUGGAAGACUGAAUGUUCUUAAAAUAAAAUCUAUAAAUAUUA